AUCACUUUUGUGAAAACUGAGCUGAAGAAAUUUCGCAAAAUUCUGGAKCCAGRUUCCCCAGAAUCCUCUGUGAGUCAGAGUGGGAAUGAGAAUGUGUUGGAGGGUGACGAUGAAGAGCAGAGGAGGAGCAGACGUGAGGUGUUUGUAAAGAUCACUCUGAACUUCCUGAGAACAAUGAAGCAAGAGGAGCUGGCUGAACAUCUGCAGAGCAAACUUCUAGCUGCAGUUUGUCAACGUAAACUCAAAUCAUCGCUGAAGCAGAAGUCCCARUGUAUGUUUGAAGGGAUUUCUAAAGCAGUAAAACCAACCCUUUUGAAUGAGAUGUACACAGAGCUCUACAUCACAGAGGGUGGGACUGGAGAGGUCAAUGAUGAACAUGAGUUCAGACAGAUUGAACUGAAAUCCAGGAAACCACACAGACCAGAAACAACCAUCAGACAAAAAGACCUCUUUAAACUCCAACCUGGCAGAAAUCAACCAACCAGAACAGUCAUGACACUGGGGAUGGCUGGCAUUGGGAAAACUGUCUUGAUACAGAAGUUYGUUCUGGACUGGGCUAACACCAAAACUAACCAAAAUAUCCAGUUCAUAUUCCCAUUUUCUUUCAGAGAGCUGAAUUUGCUGAAAGAGACAAAGUUCAGUUUGGUGGCACUUGUUCAUCAYUUCUUUAACAAAACCAAAGAAAUCUCCAGGUUUGAAGGGUUUAAGGUUCUGAUCAUCCUUGAUGGUCUGGAUGAGAGUCGACUUCCUCUGGACUUCCACAGGAACCAGGUCCUGACUGAUACCACAGAGUCCACCUCAGUAGAUGUUCUGCUGACAAACCUGAUCAGGGGGAACCUGCUUCCCUCUGCUCACCUCUGGAUAACCACAAGACCUGCAGCAGCCAAUCAGAUCCCUGCUGACUGUGUCCACAUGUCUUCUAGUUUGAGAGAGCUGGACCUGAGUAACAACAACCUGCAGGAUUCAGGAGUGAAGGCACUUUCCUCUGGAUUGAAGAGUCCACACUGCAAACUGGAAACUCUCAGGGUCCAGUCCCCAUCCCCGGGGACCCCCCCUGGACAUGAUGUCCGCUCCCCUGUUCAGCACACCUGGAAUGUAACUCGCUCAGAUUGA